CACGCGCAACGCCAAAUAAAACCAGUAGCUCUCGGACCGCCGAGCGAGUCACAUUGUUGUAGGUCAUCAUAAUAUGUCGAAUUUAACAUCGAUAAUUUAAUAUUUUUGAAGUGAUUAGAAAACUAAACGGUUUUUAAGAUGAAGUUGCUUCUACUGACGCUCGUGUGCUUUUCGGCAGUUUUAGCACACGAACUGCCGCCAUCUUGCAUCAAGCCAGUCUACUGCGACAGUAAAUUGCUGCAUUUUGUUCAGGUGGCCCGAUUAUAUCAAGAUUCGAAAACAUUUGUUGAUCUCGAAAUGCGAGAUGAACCCGAUUCAAUUCUAGCUGCCUUCGAUUCUCUUUUAAACCAAACUAAUGAUAAUCCUUCCCGAGAUCAGAUUCAAAAAUUCGUCGACGAUCAUUUUGACUCCAUUGGGGAGUUGGAGGAAUGGAUACCAACAGAUUUUAAUAAAAACCCAGCAUUCCUGAAUGGUGUGCGCGAUGAUAAUCUUAGAAAAAUGGGACAAAAUAUUAACGACAUUUGGCCGACUCUCGGUAGAAAAGUCAAGUCCGUCGUUUUCGAACAUUCAGAACGCUUCAGCUUCAUCCCUGUGACUCAUGGAUUUAUCAUACCUGGUGGAAGGUUUAAAGAAUUAUACUAUUGGGAUACCUAUUGGAUUAUAGAGGGUCUUCUUGUCAGUGGUAUGGAAGACACUGUUAAAGGAGUUAUAGGAAAUCUCAUAGAAUUGGUAAAGAAACUUGGCCACGUUCCUAACGGUAGUAGAUGGUACUACCAAGAAAGAAGUCAACCUCCUCUAUUGACAGCAAUGAUGUCACUUUAUAUAAAAGCAACGGAUGAUCUUGAAUUCCUUAAGAAAAAUGUAGACGUCCUUGAACAAGAGUUGAGAUAUUGGCUAGACACGCAAUUGGUUACAUUUAAUGUUGGUGACGCGACUUACACUCUUCUGAGAUAUUACGCACCUAGUAAAGGUCCACGACCCGAGUCGUAUUACGAAGAUUACAAGGACUCAAGAAUGUUUGAAACUCAGGAACUUCAGCAGAGUUUUUAUACAGAAAUAAAAAGUGCCGCUGAAAGUGGAUGGGAUUUCUCGACUCGUUGGUUUAUUAAUAAUGACGGAGAGAAUAAAGGAAAUCUCUCAACAAUCAACACCAGCUACCUUAUACCCGUUGACCUAAACGCAAUAUUUGCGAAUGCUCUAGAUAACAUGGCUCACUUCCAAGCUUUACUUCUAAACUAUCGCCAGAGUAGUCACUGGGCCUACUUGGCCAAACAGUGGCGCUACAAUAUAAAAGAAGUCUUCUGGAACAAAGAGGACGGAAUUUGGUACGAUUGGGAUAUGAAAUAUAAUCGCCACAGAAAGUACUUCUACCCUAGUAACCUUGCACCGUUGUGGAUGAAAGUAGCCAACAAAAGUUUUGUUAAUUUAAACUCUAAACGCAUUCUCCAAUGGCUCAAAAAUUCAAACGGUAUCGAUUAUCCUGGUGGAGUACCAGCUUCUUUGAUUCGAAGUGGAGAGCAAUGGGACUUUCCAAAUGCUUGGCCACCUCUAGUCAGUAUAGUAGUAAAUGCUCUGGAGGCUUUGGAAACUAAAGAAUCGUUAGAAGUGGCCUUUGAAAUCGCUCAAUCGUGGGUUAGGGCGUGCUACAAAGGCUUUAAUGCAACCAAUCAGUUAUUCGAAAAGUAUGACGUCGAAAUCCCCGGCCGGAUUGGAGGUGGAGGUGAAUACACUGUUCAGACAGGUUUUGGAUGGUCCAAUGGGGUAAUAUUGGAGUUCCUUGCAAAAUAUGGGCAUCGAAUGACUUUGUAUGACAAAAGUGAUGACUAUCUUCUAGUACUCCCUUAUGACUCACAGCCACAGAAAUCUACAGAGCUUUUAUCAAAAAAAAACAAAUCUGAAAGCUAACCAUUAAAGCAUUUGUCGAGAUUACGUUGUGUGCCACUUUAUCCCGUGUUAGGGUUGUUAAGUUAUGCUCAUGCAUUCACAACUCCGAUCUGUAAUUCCUCUAUAUACUGCUCCGGAGAAUUACUUCACACGGUACAACUCGCGCGAAUUUUUCGAGAUUCGAAAACUUUCGUUGACCUUAAGCUACAGCGUACGGAAAAUGAAACGUUGGACGAUUUCGCUAAACUCAUGAAAGAAACAAACAAUAAACCUUCACGUGACCGUCUUAUGAAUUUCGUUGAUCAAAAUUUCGGAGAAGGCAAUGAACUCGAGCAUUGGAUGCCGCCUGACUUCGAUCCGAAUCCACCAAUCUUAGAACAAAUAUCUAAUCCUAAGUUAAAAGCAUUUGCUAAGAGUGUUAUUGCGUUAUGGGCCAAACUGGGACGAAAAGUACAAUCGGAUGUAAUGCUAAACCCAGAUCAGUAUAGCUUCUUGUACGUGCCGAACGGAUUCAUCGUACCGGGAGGUCGAUUUAAGGAAUUGUAUUACUGGGACUCAUUUUGGACGAUACGCGGCCUCAUGAUCAGCAACAUGACUAAAACAGCUAAAGGUAUGAUAGAGAAUCUUUUGCAUUUAGUGGGGAAAUAUGGUUAUGUACCGAAUGGGAGUCGUGUGUAUUACUUAGGGAGAAGUCAACCCCCUUUACUAGCAGCUAUGGUAGCCAGCUACUACGAGGCAACAGGGGAUCUAGCGUGGAUAGAACAACAUAUUAGCACUGUGGAAAAAGAACUAUACUAUUGGUUAGACAAAAAGAAAGUGACCGUCGAAAUCAAUGGUAACAAGUUUAUGCUGCUGAGAUAUCUAGCGGAUAAGAAAGAUAGAGGUCCUCGUCCGGAAUCAUAUUACGAAGACUAUACAAACUCCAGAAUCUUCCCUAAUGAAGACAGACGAGAUGAUUUUUAUUUAGAAAUCAAGAGCGCUGCCGAAAGUGGCUGGGACUUCUCAUCACGCUGGUUCGUGUCAGCCGACGGUGCAAUUGGAAACUUGACUGAUGUUCACGCUACACGGAUCCUACCCGUUGAUUUGAAUGCCAUAUUCGCUGGUGCCUUGCAAACCGUCGGCGAUCUCCAUGACAGACUGAAACACAGGAGAGAGGCGCAGAAAUGGUGGAGCCUAGCCAGGUAUUGGAGAAGCGCAAUCGAGAAUAUCAUGUAUCAUGAGGUAGAUGGAGUGUGGUACGAUUUUGACGCACAGACUGGCUCCCCUAGGAAACAUUUUUAUCCCAGCUGCGCUACUCCGCUAUGGGCUAAGGUUGUCAAUGAAACGAAGGCUGAUAAAUAUGCUCUGCUGUUGGUUAAUUAUCUCAAAUCAACCGGCGCUCUCAACUUCCCGGGCGGCGUCCCAUCCUCCAUACUACAUUCGGGUGAACAAUGGGAUUUUCCGAAUGCAUGGCCCCCGAUGCAAAGUAUCUUAAUCGGAGCAUUGGACACCAGUGGAAACGUAGAAGCACGGAAGUUGGCGAAGGAGCUAGCUGGUGUAUGGAUACGAUCAAAUUACAUAGGUUAUAACAACUGGCAGAAAAUGUUUGAGAAGUACAGUGCAGUGCAUCCAGGGCACGAGGGUGGUGGUGGGGAGUACGUGGUGCAGGACGGCUUCGGGUGGACCAAUGGGGUUGUGUUAGAACUGUUACAGAGGUAUGGAAAAGACCUCACGCUUCAUGAACGACCGGGAGCCACGCCAACGGUUGCUCUUAUAUAACCAAUAUGUUGUUUCAAUUGUAAGAAAUAAAGUGAUAUUUUAAUUA